AUGUUUUCAACAAAAAAAAGAAAAAAGAAAAAAAAAGAGAGGAAAAUCCCGUCUAUUAAAGAAACGGCGUUUUUUUCAACCUUGCUCUGCCCCUUGCCUCCCUUCCUCUUCCAUCCCUUCCCGUCCCUUCCCUUCCCUUCCCUUCCCUCCUUUUUUUCCCUUCCCAAACUCUUCCCUUCCCCUAUGUUUCCUAAGCCCGAACUUCAAGUCAACCCCACUGCAUGAAAUCAGCAUCCCUCUGGGGCGCUAAGCACUUCUCCUCCCAAAUCUAAACCCCGAAACCUAAGCUGUACCCCAUGCCAUGAACCCAGAUUCCCCUUGCACGAGGUCAGAGGCCCUCUGGGUUGAUACGUGCCCUUCUUUCCCCUCCAUGCGCCUGUCUUCCCGAGCACACUUCUCAAGCCACGAGUCGAGCCCUUAUCCCCCUCUCCUUAGAAUGCAACUCUUGAACCCGUAUCUGCCAUUGCAGUAGAUCAUCGGGCCUCUUGAUUGUUAAGUGUGCCUCUCUUUCCUCCCCUGCAUGUGUUUACGGUUAUCCCAACCCUAAUCCCCACCCUCAAGUUGAACUGCGCCCCAUGAGCUCCUAUCUCCCCUCGGAAGAGAUCAGCAGCCCUUUGGGUCGCUACGUGCACCUCGUUCCAGUGUGUGAGGAGUCUAUUUUUGAGGCGCCUCAAAAAUAGACCUCUUUCCACUGUGUGCAUCUCCUCUUGAACAAAACCUCAUUCGAGACCCCUGUUUAAUAAUAAAACAUGAGUCUCCCUUGUCCCCCUCACAGGAGAUCAGCGGCCCGCUGGGUCGCUACGUGCGCCUCUUCCCCCGCCGCCACCAGCUGCACCCUUCGAGCGGCAGCUGGUGGAGCUCACCCUGGGAGAGGGGGUCUAUGAGGAGGUGCUGGCUCGAGUGGACGCCCUUCGGAAGAAGGUGCUGGACGUGGGGAAGAAUGCCGCCAGCCUCGUCAACAAGACGAGCACAAUGAAGGAAGCCGAGGAAGUCACGGCGCAGGGCAUCUCUCAGUUGGGGGAUCUGUACACGCGCAACAGCCAUGCGGUGGAGCGACUCAAAGAGAUCACCAAGAGGCUCAGAGGCAUACCAGUGGUGCGCCCAGACCUGCCCACGCUGUGUUUGGUUGGAGCUCCCAACGUGGGCAAGUCGUCUCUCGUGCGCGCCAUAUCGUCAGGCAAGCCAGAGGUGUGCAACUACCCGUUCACCACUCGUGGCAUCAGCAUGGGGCACUUCUAUGUUGACACGAGGAAGCACCAGGUCACCGACACACCAGGCCUGCUCUCCCGCCCUGAUGGUACAGCCCCUCAUUCCCCCAGUGCUCUCACUCUGCCUAGA